GCACACGCCAGUAGUGUAGUGCAUUCGUCAUCAACGUGCCGUGUCAGUCUCACUUGAAGAAAAAAAAUGAUUAAACCGAGCCGUUGACUUUAAAUACAGUUUCAUACAGAACAAGCAUUGUACCUUCAAGAUUGACAAACAUGGAAUUGAAACUGCUAGUAUUUGCCGUCCUCGACUUUAUUAUUUUGGCGCAAUGCGGCGACCUAGUGGACCUGUCGGGAAAAGUUUACCAAACGAGUGCAGCCUUAGAAAAAGAAAACCACAUGUACUGUUAUGAAUGUAACACUAUGGUAAACGGCAACAGUUGUAGUAAUUUCACGGACAAAGAUGACUACAUAAAGUUCUCGACAAAAUGCACAGGAGACAGGAAAGUUUGCAUGGUAAAACGUUAUUCGUACACAACAAGCAACGAAAGCGGCACAUCAACACAACAGUUGUGGUCACUCGAAAGAAACUGCUCGGUCAAAUGUGAAGCUGGCUGCAUUAUAAUUGGAGAACGGAAUAAGAUUUACGCCUGUCAAGAUUGUUGUGAAUCUCCACUGUGCAAUAUAUCAAAUGGUGCCAAUAGUAUUGUCUUUAUAUUGCCAUUUAAUUUAUCUAUAAUUUUUCUUCCCUUUAUUGUAUUUGUUACCCGAAAACUUCUUUAUCACGAAUAACUAGUAAAUAAAAUGAAGUUUAACUUUUUAUUUUUGGUCAAUAUUAGGUGCAUACUGAAAAAUCACCGUUAAGUUUAUUCUAAAUGUUAUAAUAACGAAAAUGCAAUUUCUAAUAAUUUCUCAGGCCAAUUUGACUGUGUUCUUACAAGGAUUAAGAAUUAUAUUUAAUUUAACUUUUAACAAUGUAAUAUAACCAAAAUAAUCAAAUAAAUAUAAGAUAUACGGCUAAUAAGUGAAACAACAUAUAGAUUUGUUAU